AUGGACCAAGUACAAGAGCUGUCAGACGCUCUUCCAAUGCCAAAACUACCUUCAUUUCAUGUCGAAAUAAAUCAAUGUGGAUAUAGGUAAUAUGUAAUUUAUUGAUGUGCAGACACACACUGCUGAGUAUGGUAGUGAUGUACUGAUAUGGAAAUUAACCGAUAGUCAAGGGCCGAUAUUGGUUGAUACCGUCAUACCGGUAUUCUAUUUUAGUGUAGUAUGGGUUUUAACUUUUAAACCCAUCAUUAAACUACAAGAGUACAAGUCCAUGGAUACAUGCAUGCUAUAAACAUCUAUUGUUGAAUGUAUAUUGAUCAAUACUCAGGUCAUUAAGUUGUGUUACAAUCAAAUGGUAAUCAAAGAUGUACUCUAAAUUUAAAAUAUAUUGCAUAAAUUUGUAAGGAUGCAACAAAAAUGCCGAUACCAAUAUAUUUUGACAUUAGGACUGAUAUACCCAUAAAUUAUCUGAUAUGCAGAUAUGGAUAUUGUGCAUCACUUAGUAGAGUAUGACACUUCUCAACAAUAUUUUGGAUGUAUCAAUUAAAAUAAAAUGAGGGUGUGCUAAAAUUCUUAGGUGCUGCACCCCUCAGGAUUGUCAUAAAAUGUUUUGGGGUCUGCCUUGGGGAUGUAGGGGGCGAGCACCCCACCUACAGUAGUGGUGUCUAGCACCCCCCCCCCUAGAGAAUUCCAGCACCACCCCAAAAAAAUCUGCUUGACCAUACGUUUUCUGCUUUUCUAAUAGCAGUUUGCAGAGCUUAGAACUACUGUUAAUGUGUGUUAACAAUUAUAGUAUGUAAAAGUAUAGUAAAAAUGCCUGACACUUCAUCUUGCUUCUAAGUGAGUUGUUGCAGUAUCUGGUCCUUAGUGUGUUGUGUUUUAUUGCAUUUUCUAGCACAGUCCGACAACAACUAGUAAAACAGGCAGUGGAAGAAUUUCUUUAUGACGUAAUUCAGACUAUCCAUGGUGACACAUGUUUUACUGAGUUCACAGAUGAGUUUUUGAAAGAACAUGUAAAAAGUGUCUCUGUUGUUUCUGACACAGAUUAUUUCAGCAAAUAUGGCCAG